AUGGGCUCUAUCAGGUCCACUGCCUCGCGGACAGGCGUCCAGUCUGCAGCCGGUGAUGGACUGCAACAAUCCAGGUCCCAGGAGAAGGUCGCCAGAGAGAACUCCAACUCCAUCUUACCGACCAACACCCGGGAUCAUGCGUCACGAUAUGUCCUAGGUCUCUUCCGCGUGGAUAGUGCCGGCGAGAGUGGGCGGACGGGCAUCCACCCGGUCCACUUUCUCAAGGUCACCUUCAAAAGCAUCUGUACGGCAUCAAUGAUCGUGAACGUCCUAUGGCCCUUUGUACCAGCCGCGAUCGCCAUGCAUUUCGCCCGGCCAGACCUGCAUGUGUGGGUCUUUGCGCUGAACUACAUCGCCAUGGUGCCCUCGGCGAAUGUCCUCGGUUUUGCAGGUGGUGAAUUGGCAAAGAAGCUCCCCAAGGUUCUGGGAGUGUUGCUGGAGACCUUUUUAGGCGCUGUGGUUGAGAUUGUGCUUUUCAUGGUGUUGCUGCAUAAUGAUCAUGAUGGUCACCUGCUCCCCGUCAUUCAGGCUGCGAUUCUGGGUUCCAUUUUGGCGAAUUUGCUCCUGUGCUUGGGAACGUGUUUCUUUGUUGGUGGUCUUCGACGGUCUGAGCAGGUCUUCCAUGAGGCUGUCAGCGAAGUUGGAACCGGUUUGCUGCUGGUCGCGGGCUUUGGUCUGUUGAUUCCUAGCGCUUUUUACUCUGCGCUGAAGAGCUCUGUCAACGAAGAGUUUACUUUGGAAAUGCUGGGUGAAUACUCGCUGAAGAUUAGUCGUGCUACGGCCGUCAUUCUCUUGGUUGCUUUCGUGACCUAUCUGAUCUUUAACCUCCAUAGCCACAAUUCGAUCUUCGAUGAGAUUCUUGAAAAGGACGAGGCACAAGAUGAGGACCGACACAUUGAACUGCGACGUGCGAAGCUUACCUUUGCCGAAUGCAUCGUCGCCAUUGUCAUUUCCUUGGCCUGCGUCUGUAUGUCUGCCGUAUUCCUCGUCCAAGAGAUCGAGCAUAUUGUGGAACUCGGCGUCUCCGACAACUUCAUGGGUCUCAUCCUAGUCCCCCUGGUCGAAAAGGCCGCGGAACAUCUGACCGCCAUCGACGAGGCGUGGGAUAACCAAAUCAACUUUGCUCUAUUCCACUGCCUGGGUCCCUCUAUCCAGACGGCUCUGCUCAACGCUCCGCUGGCGGUGCUGGUUGGCUGGGGUCUGGACAAGAAGAUGAGUCUCAAUUUCGAGAUUUUCAUGGUUGUUCUGCUUGUCUUGUCAAUUCUGGUGGUUGGCAACUUUUUGCGCGAUGGCAAGUCGAACUAUCUGGAGGGCACGUUGUGUGUCCUGGUUUACUUUAUUAUCGCCGUCACGUCGUGGUAUUAUCCCAAGGUGGAUGUGGCGUCAACAAACAGUGCCUAA